UUAAAUCACUUUUUGUUGGUUUCACUGUUGUAGUGCGGUGCUGUACUAAAUGGCAAGGCAAAAACGAAUCUGCCAAUUAAACUGCAUCUUUACUGACCAUUACGUGUGAAUGUAGAUUUUAGAUCGACGUGAAAGGAUGGUGCAGGAAAUCCUUCCUUGAAGUGAUGCCAUGAAGAAUGCAUGAUUGGAUACAGAACAAAUAAACGCGGGAGUCUGUGUCUGGUGAAGAACUGUAACCAAUGGAUUCCAGAAGCCAAGGGAAUGCUACGGGAGGGGAGCUCUCCGGUUUUGAGGCAGAGCUGGCCGAGUGUUGUGCCACAGUCUCCACCGUGCUGAGCGAAAGCUCUCUCUCUCACAGACUGGAGGACAGCACCCAGCUAAUCGGAGUGCAGGUGGUCCUCAUCCUGGCGUACAGCACGAUCAUUCUGCUCGGUGUCAUCGGAAACUCCCUGGUGAUUUACGUUGUGUGUAAGUUCAAAACCCUGCGCACCGUCACUAACUUCUUCAUCGCCAACCUGGCGGUGGCAGACCUGCUGGUGAAUACUCUGUGCUUGCCGUUCACGCUGAUCAACACUCUUCUGGGCGAGUGGAAGUUUGGGCAGAUCCUGUGCUUCUUGCUGCCCUACGCUCAGGGCCUGGCGGUGCACAUAUCCACGGUGACGCUCAACGUCAUCGCCCUGGACAGACACCGAUGCAUCGUCUACCACCUGGAGACCAGGAUGUCCAAGGACAUGUGCUUCGUGGUCAUCGGGAUAACCUGGACCAUCAGCGCCGUGCUAGCCAGCCCGCUGGCUAUCUUCCGCGAGUUCGGCACGGUGGACUUCACGCCCGAACCGUCGAUCCAGGUGUGCACGGAGAAGUGGCCCGGGAGCAGCAGGGACGGCACCAUCUACAGCAUCUCCAUGCUGCUCCUCCAGUACGUGUUGCCCCUGUCAAUCAUCUCCUUCGCCUACGUCAGGAUCUAUAGCAAGCUGAAGAACCACGUGAGCCCCGGAGGCCGCAGUGACCGCCACCACCGCAGGAAGAAGACCACCAAGAUGCUGGUCACCAUGGUGGUGGUGUUCGCCGUGAGCUGGCUGCCGUUCCACGCCUUCCAGCUGGCCGUGGACAUCGACAGCAGCGUUCUGGAUAUGAAGGACUUCAAGCUACUCUACACCAUGUUUCACAUCAUAGCCAUGUGCUCCACCUUCGCCAACCCCAUCCUGUACGGCUGGAUGAACAACAACUACAGGACCGCCUUCAUGGCCGUGUUCAAAUGCGAGCAGAGGCUGGACUGUGUCCAUCCGGAAGCUCGCGUGCGAAUCCGGACCAAAAAGACUCUCGAGACGGGAAACACUGUCAACACACAAUUAAAUGCCACAGAAGUAUGAGUGUGUGGCUUGAAAAAGAAGUCAUGUACACUCAGUGAGUACGUAAUUAGGAAUUUAUUAGACUUAUUUUUUAGACUUAUUGGUCUUCUGCUGCUGUAGCCUAUCCACUUGGAGGUUUGACAUGUGUGGUGAGAGAUGCUCUUCUGCAUACCACUGUUGUAAUGUAUUAACGUGGUUAUUUGUGUUACUGUCACAUUCCUGUCAGCUUUGGCCAGUCUGGCCCUUCUCCUCUGACCUCUAUCAUUAACAACGCCUUUCUGCCUGCAGAACUGCUGCUCACUGGAUGUUUUUGUUUUUUGUACCAUUCUCUACAAACUCUAGAGACUGUUGUGUGUGAAAAUAGCAGUUUCUGAGAUCCACUCUGUCUGGCACCAACAAUCAUUCCACGGUCAAUUUCUUUCCCAUUCCGACAUUUGGUCUGAGAAACAGCUGAACCUCUUGACCAUGUCUGCAUGCUUGUAUGCAUUUAGUUGCUGAUUAAAUAUUAGCAUUUACAAGCUGGUGUAGAAGUCUACCUAAUAAAGUGCUCAGUGAGUGUAUAUUUGAACCCAUUAACAGCUAAGAGUGUACUCUUGUGUGGCAUGUUGUGGUGUCUUCACACCAGUGUGUAAUAUUGGUUGAUUAUCUUGGCCAGCUCUGCAAAUUGUAAUGUGUUGUGGAUUCUCUUUCUGUGUUGUAUUCAAUGAUUUCCAAAGCUUACAGAAGGUUAAAAGUGAAAGCAUUAUUACGGGCAUGAUUUUUGUAUCUUUGGGUAGGUUCACAGUGGAACUCAGAUCAACACCUCUCCCAUUAAUUUGACACAUUAUAGGACUUAAAGCAGUGCUGAAACACCAGCAAGGACAUGAGUUUGAUAUUCCUGGCUUAAGUCCUAAAUACACAAGGGGAAUUUUAAUUAAAAAACAUUUUUUUUAUUUUAUGUUAAUUUGGGUUGGGGCAAUGCCAAGAGACAUAGCAUCAUUACUGCCAGUUUCCUACUCCUGUCCCUAGUAAGGCAAAAGAUUAUAAAUAAGACACAACUGUUAAAUGGAAGAAUGGCAUUUAUAUUUUUCAAAUAUAACUUUUAAACCCUUAACAUAAGAUUUAAUUCAUGUGAACCCUUCCUUGAAUCUAGAAGAGGUAGCCUGUUGCCACCUACUGGAUCACAACCAAUUCCAAACGAGUCAUUAUUCAGUUUCACAAAUUUCCUCAUCAGUGCAUGCCAAUGCACCUGCAUUCAGUAUAAUAAUUUCUGUCAUUAUUGAUUUUAUGUAAUUACAGCUCUCAGUGUGAAGUUUUCAGUGUUAAAUGUGAAGUACACCUUUUUGUAUUUAGUUUCCUGGUAAACAAAUCUUGGUUGGUCCAGUGCUGUAUAUUGGUUCAUAUGGUGGGUGAGAGUUACCAUGGUAACUCUCAAAUGUGGAACAUUUGGUUAUCAGCGAACAACUGUCACUAAUCAGCAGUCUGUUUAGUUAGCUGUUCCAGCUGUUUAACCUACAGGUUAGCAGGAUAGCAGGCUCAAAUUAGCCCUAUGUUAAAUGUUGGUGUUCACAAAUCACAAAUAUAUCCCUGGUACAUGUUGGUCUGGAUAUCAAGCAAGGUAAUGCCACAAUGAACUGUCAGUAAUCAAGCUAAUGUUAAGCCUAAGACAACCUGUUGGAGAAAAACGCUUUGGCUUUUUGCUCUUCCACCUCCUGAAGGGUCAACUAAUAUAUUUACUCCCCCGAGCCUUCAUAUAUUUUGUGAGCUGUGCACUUCUUUACACAUAAAUUAAAUACUGGUGAAUUACUAUGUGAAAUUGUGCACCCAGCACUCAUAUUUGCAACUGAUAAAUGCAUUCAAAAUAGCUAAACUGUGAAUGUUAAGCAUCUUAAAAGCUUGGGACUUCAAUAUUUGGAUGUCUAUGUAAACAAUACCAUUACAAAUGUACAUCUGUUUGUUUACCUUGUCUGACAUCAUUUUGAAUAAAAACCUCAUUCAGAAAUGGUGCAUGACAUUAAAUGACCAGCUUCUUUAAAAAAAUGCUUAAAAAAAACAAUUGCAUUAUAAAUAGACA